AUGUUCGUCUACAAGAGAGAUGGCCGCAAGGAACGCGUGCAGUUCGAUAAGAUCACUGCUCGUGUCUCAAGGCUUUGUUAUGGCCUCGACCCCGAGCACGUCGAUGCAGCUGCUAUCACCCAAAAGGUUAUCUCCGGUGUCUACCAGGGUGUUGGCACCAUCGAGCUUGAUAACUUGGCUGCCGAGACUGCCGCCUACAUGACCGUCACACACCCCGACUACGCCAUCCUGGCUGCCCGUAUCGCCGUUUCCAACCUCCACAAGCAGACAAAAAAGCAAUUCUCCAUGGUCAUUUCCGACCUCUAUCACUAUGUCAACCCCAAGAACAAUAAGCCUGCUCCUAUGAUUUCCCAGGAGCACUAUGAAAUUGUUAUGAAGCACGCCGAGGAGCUUAACUCGGCCAUUGUCUACGACCGGGACUUCAACUACAACUACUUCGGCUUCAAGACCCUGGAGCGCUCAUAUCUUCUCCGUAUCGAUGGUAAUGUUGCCGAGCGUCCCCAGCACUUGCUGAUGCGUGUUGCUGUCGGUAUCCACGGAGACGAUAUCGAGAAGGCCAUUGAGACCUACCACUUGAUGUCCCAAAAGUUCUUCACCCACGCCUCCCCUACCCUCUUCAACGCCGCCACUCCCCAGCCCCAGCUUGCUUCUUGCUUCUUGGUGGACAUGUCCGCAGACAGCAUCGAGGGUAUCUAUGACACCCUCAAGACCUGUGCUAUGAUUUCCAAGACUGCUGGUGGUAUUGGAUUGAACGUUCACCGUAUCCGUGCCACCGGUUCGUACAUUGCUGGAACCAACGGCUCCUCCAACGGUAUUGUUCCUAUGCUCCGUGUGUUCAACAACACUGCCCGCUACGUUGACCAGGGUGGUAACAAGCGCCCUGGUGCGUUUGCCAUCUACCUGGAGCCAUGGCAUGCGGAUGUCUUCGAGUUCCUCGAUCUCCGUAAGAACCACGGUAAGGAGGAAGUUCGUGCCCGUGAUCUCUUCUACGCUCUCUGGACCCCCGAUUUGUUCAUGAAGCGUGUUGAGUCUAAUGGUGACUGGACUCUCUUCGAUCCCAACGAGGCUCCUGGUCUCGCUGAUAUCUACGGUGAUGAGUUCGAGGCUCUCUACGAGAAGUAUGAGAAGGAGGGCCGUGGCCGCAAGACCAUCAAGGCUCAGAAGCUCUGGUAUGCCAUUCUUGAGGCCCAGACUGAGACUGGUAACCCCUUCAUGCUGUACAAGGAUGCUUGCAACAAGAAGUCCAACCAGAAGAACCUGGGAACUAUUCGCAGCUCCAACUUGUGCACUGAGAUCAUCGAGUACUGCGCUCCCGAUGAGGUUGCUGUUUGUAACUUGGCUUCUCUUGCCCUUCCUACUUUCGUUGAUGCUGCCCGUGGCGAGUACGACUUCGGCAAGCUUCACGAGGUUGUUCAGGUUGUCGUUCGCAACUUGAACAAGAUCAUCGACAUCAACUACUACCCCGUUCCCGAGGCCAAGAAGAGCAACUUCCGUCAUCGUCCCAUUGCCCUUGGUGUCAACGGUCUCGCCGAUGCCUUCCUGGCUCUGCGUCUGCCCUUCGACUCCCCCGAGGCCAGACAGCUGAACAUCCAGAUCUUCGAGACCAUUUACCACGCUGCUCUCACUGCCUCUUCUGACCUGGCCAAGCAGCUUGGUCCUUACGAGACCUACCCCGGCUCCCCUGUGUCGCAGGGCAUCCUCCAAUACGACAUGUGGGACCGCACUCCUACUGACCUCUGGGACUGGGCUUCUCUGAAGGCCAAGAUCGCCGAAACUGGUGUCCGCAACAGUUUGCUGGUCGCUCCCAUGCCUACUGCCUCUACCAGCCAGAUUCUUGGUUUCAACGAGUGCUUCGAGCCCUACACCUCGAACAUCUACUCCCGCCGUGUCCUGGCUGGUGAGUUCCAGAUCGUCAACCCCUGGCUUCUGAAGGACCUGGUCGACCUCGGCCUCUGGUCCGACAACAUGAAGAACCGCAUCAUCGCCGACGGUGGUUCCGUCCAGAACAUCCCCAACAUCCCCGCCGACAUCAAGGCUCUCUACAAGACCGUCUGGGAAAUCUCCCAGCGUAACAUCUUGCAGAUGGCCGCUGACCGCGGUGCCUUCAUCGACCAGUCUCAGUCCCUGAACAUCCACUUGAAGGAGCCCACCAUGGGCAAGCUCACCUCCAUGCACUUCGCCGGCUGGAAGAUGGGUCUGAAGACCGGCAUGUACUACCUGCGCACCAUGGCCGCCUCUGCUCCUAUUCAGUUCACUGUCGACCAGGAGCAGCUCAAGGUCGAGGACACCAACAUCGCCCGCUCCAAGAAGCGCCCCACCGGUGCCGCUGGCGCCGGAUACUCUGCUGUCCCCCGGUCCAGCGGCACUCAGCAGGCUACUGCUAAUGUUGUCGUCCCUGAGGAGAGCCCGCGCACUCUGGUCGCUGAUCCCGUGGCUGCUUCGUCCCGCGAGUCUCCCCUCCCUGCCGCCGACGCUGACGCUCAGCCCGAGGAUGCCGCCGACGAGAGCGAGGCCCGUGAGGGCGAUAUCUUCUCUGAUGCUGUCCUCCAGUGCAGCAUCGAGAACAAGGAUGCCUGCAUCAUGUGCCAGGGUUAA